AAGUUAAAUUGAAUCGAGAUCAAUCAAAUGAAAGUAGUCGUAGAUAAUAGGCUAGCUAGCGGUAGCUGGCUACCGUAAGCUAGCUUGGUUCUUGGCAAACAAUUUGAACAUAGACAAUGUUAUAGUAUGAGCUCACACAGGAAAGUGGACGGAGGCAUAAGGCUCCGUUUCUUUGUGUGUGAGACGGAAUGGACGAAUUGUACCAACAAAACUAAAUAUAGCCAGUAAAUUAGUAAAUAAACAUAAGCAAUCUAUUCAUAAAGAUUGCCUUACAAAGCAAAUUCCAGCUCAUGAAGUCGGACUUUUUGCCUGCCAGACUUGUUUUGUUGCUCCACGGAACGAACACCCACCGCAAUCUAUACAUAAAGAUUGCGUUAGUUUGAGGAUUGUGGACAUAUUUUAUGAAGCACCGUGUGUGUUGAAAUGUCGACAAUUAUAGCACAGGGACUUCCCGAAAGCCCGCAUCAUGUACUCGGCAAUCUGUGGAUAAAGAUUGCAGGAUGACUCAAGCGAAAUGAUCUUUCGAAGCACAAAGUCGGGAUUGACAAAUAUGGUGGAUUGGUUGUGGUUUGCUUGUCGUCCUCGGACAGCUCCGGGGGCUAGCCGUGUUCUCGGAGCAACAUUUGGGAGUUUUUGCAAAACUGAAACGCAGAAUAAGUAUAGACUCCAUCGUAUUGUCUGAGUGCCACACGCGUAUGGUUCGCUAGAUGUCUGGUGAAUUGGGUUAUUUGCAGUGUUGUGGAGGUCUGAGACUAUAUAAAACUUCUACUACAACAGUUACACGGAUAUGGCAGGGGGACCAGUGGACCCCAGAGAGAUUUUGAAGGGUGUGGAGGCUCUGCUGGGGAAGGAUGGAGAGCUCCGCAGCCUGGAGGGAGUCCCAAAGGUGUUUAGUCUCAUGAAAGCUUCUACCAAGAUGGUCAGUAGAUGUAUGUACCUGAACAUCCUGCUUCAGACGAAAUCCCAUGAUGUUCUUAACAGGUUUAUCAGAGUAGGUGGCUAUAGGCUGCUCAACUCCUGGCUCACCUACUCCAAAACCACCAACAACACCCCCCUGCUGCAGCUCAUCCUGCUCACACUACAGAAGCUGCCUCUCAAAGUGGACCACCUCAAACAGAACAACACAGCCAAGCUGGUGAAGCAGCUGAGCAAGAGUGCCGAGACUGAAGACCUGAGGAAGUUGGCAUCCGUGCUCGUAGAUGGCUGGAUGGCUACAAUCCGUUCCCAGAGUGUCUCGAGCAGUGGCAACUCUCCUGCUGAUAAGAAAAAGAAGAAAGAGGAGAGCAAGGUUCCAGUGCGGGAUGUGAAGGAAAAGAGUGGAGAUGAGGAGAAGAAGAAGGAGAAACCUAAAGCUCAUGCACCCAGCCACACAAAGAUUCGCUCCAUAGGAUUGGAGAUGGACACUCCCAACCCAGCCCCUGCUAAGAAGACACCGACUGCUCCACAGCUGGGUGACAAGUACAACAUCAAGCCUCCAGUCCUCAAGAGGCCAUGCUCUGGUCCAUCAGAUGCUCCACCUCUGGAGAAAAAAUACAAACCUCUGAAUACCCCUUCUAACUCUGCCAAAGAGAUCAAAGUCAAGAUCAUUCCAGCACAACCCAUGGAGUGCACAGGGUUCCUAGAUGCUCUGAACUCUGCUCCAGUGCCUGGGAUCAAGAUCAAGAAGAAGAAACCUAGUACUAGUACAACAACUAAUACCAAGGCUGUCUCCCCCACGUCUAACAAGACAAGUCCAUUUGACAGCAAACCCUCUACGUAUUCUUCAUCUUCUGCUAAACCGUCAUCUCCAGAAACUGCUGCUUCCACCACUCCUGCUGAUGAAAACCAGGAGCCAGAGCAGCCUGGGACCCCUGUUCCCUCUGAAGACCCUGAGGCCUCUGACAACGGUGAGAAGCCUAACGCUCUGGCAGAACCACGCGGAGAAGAAGAAAGCUUAACCAAGAAGGGCAAGAAGAAGAAGACAGUUCACUGGGCUGAGGAGGAGCAGCUCAAACACUACUUCUACUUUGAUCUGGAUGAGACAGAGAGAGUCAAUGUCAACAAGAUUAAGGACUUCGGUGAGGCUGCCAAACGAGAGCUGAUGAUGGACCGGCAGACAUUUGAGAUGGCUCGACGGCUCUCCCAUGACACCAUGGAAGAGAGGGUGCCCUGGACACCCCCGAAGCCCCUGACACUGGCCGGCAGCCUGGUCACCCCCGGGGCAAACAGCACAGAGAAACUCACCCAGAGAGACCGCGAGAUGGGCAUCCUGCAGGAGAUCUUCCUCAGCAAAGAAAGUGUACCUGACAGUCCACAUGAACCAGACCCAGAGCCUUAUGAACCAAUGCCUCCCCGUCUCAUCCCUCUGGAUGAGGACUCUUCCAUGCUGGAUGACAGCUACGUAGAGCCCAUGGAAACCACAUCACAGGGCUCUGCCAUGGCUCAGAACGAGAGCUCCAAGCUGCCGCCUGUCCUUGCCAACCUCAUGGUCAACCUGAGCAACAGCUCCCGCAGCCCGCAAGCCACAAACACUGUCAACAACCCUGUGGCUCCCACUGUCAACGUACAGGAGCUGCUCUCAUCUAUCAUGGGUGCUUCUGGUAACCAGUCUACGGAAGACUUGAUCAAGCAGCCCGACUUCUCAGACAAGAUUAAACAGCUACUGGGAUCCCUGCAGCAGACCCAGAACCAGAACCAGGGUGGACCUCCACCAGUCAACCAGGGUUUGCUGGGCCAUGGUCCAGGCAUGACUAAUAUGAACAACAUGAACAUGAACAUGCCCAUGCAGAUGCCCAUGAAUGGUGGCUACCCGCCCAACAACCCGCCCGGCGGACCUCGCUUCAACCACCCGCCACCCCCUCAUAACCACGGACCACCUUUCAACGCUGGCGGAGGCCCACGCAUGAUGGGACCGCCGCCGGGCCAGGGCCGAGGAGACAACGGCAACUACUGGGGAGAUGACUCCAUGAGAGGAGGGCCACACAGAGGGGGUCACUUCCACAGAGGAGGCCGCGGCAGAGGAGGAGGAGAGCCAGGCUUUAGGGGCCGAGGACGAGGAGGGCCCAGAGGAGGACACAACAACAUGAAUGACAUGUCCAAGAGGCCUGUGUGUCGUCACUUCAUGAUGAAGGGAAGCUGCAGGUACGAGAGCAACUGUGCUUUCUACCACCCCGGUGUAAACGGACCACCACUGCCCCCCAACCACCCCGCUAACAACCAACACAACCAGCACCCACAGCAUGGACACUAGUUGACACUGCUGCCAACCUGGGAAAGACUCUCAGAACUUUUGGCCUCUGGAAGAGCUGUUCUCUGUGAUCAAACCACUGCACGGUGUGGGGGCUGCUGGUUAAGACACAAGCAUAGAAAGAGUAGGAAGUUCUGUCCUACACUCUGAAGUGUCUGUGGAGUAAUUCUGCAGGUGACUGACCUAAGGCACUGAGCUCUGCCUCACCUGAGAGAGAACAAACAAGAGAGGAAAGUGUAACAGAGGGACUCAAAGGCUGUGAGAUGAUCACUGAUGGGACUCUGUGUUUUUAUUGUGAUCAUUUUUAACAGUGAGACUGAAACAAGCCGCCACACUUGACCACUAUGUCUGCUCUGUCACUUUCCAUACCAUUAAUGUGGUCGACCAAAUGGAAUUCCCUUCUUAUUGAGGCUGUUAUACUGUGUACCUACAUGUGACAUUGCUUUCAUAUUCCCUUUAGUUUUGUUAUUUCAUCUGUCAUGUUUGUACACAAGAGUCAGAAAUGUUCCCUUCUUAAAUGAUUCUAAAAUCUGAGACAAAAAUUUAGGAAGCACUUUAUAAAGAUAAAGGCCAACAGAAUUAGGCCACAGCUGUGAUGUAUUAAAACUGGGCCUGAAGAACUGCAUAGUAUUUAAACUGCUUUAUUUCACCUUUUCCUGAGAGAAAAUUAGAUUUGAACUCUGCUGACCUGAUGAGGAAGGCCUUGCUUUUUUUCUUUUCUUACAGCAGUUGGUAUUGAAUGUGAAGAUUGUGAAGAAGCAACAGCAGUGUGUUAUCAUAUGUGAGCUUUCCCUCUGUGCGCUCUGGCUCAGCAACUCGCAAUUAGACCAUCAGCUUGACAAAUGUGUGGCGUGACAAUCAUGAGCGUCAAACAUGCCAUGGUCCUGUCAGAAGAGCAGCUUCUCCCUGAUCUCAGAGCAGCUGCCUGUGUCUUCUAUACUUAUAUCUGAACCCAGGAUGGUUUUUUAUUGUCAGUGUUAAGGAGUCAGAUGAAUGACGAACUGCUCUGUGGGUCAGCUAUACUGAGUGUUUUCUGUGAAAACAAUGACCUUUGUGUCUCUUGUGGGACUGUAAGAAUGUAAUGGUUUUUGUUGCUCCCUCCACCCUCCACGUAUUUUUUUUAUUUUGAUACAAUCUUGAGAAUGUUGGCCCUUUUUAAGAUGGGUUCAGUUUUUUUGUCAGUAUGAAAUGUUUGUAUUCAUGUGUUUGUAUGAAUACAGAAUACACAUUCAUAUUUUCAGUUGAAUUCUUUUGUACACAGUGUAUUGAAUAAAUGUCCAAAUAUA